AUGAAACACCAGCAGCACAUCCACAAAGCACAGCUCAUUGUCAAAGAGGAAGACACGCGAAGACAAAAGGUCACCAAACAAGUCCUCCUUGACGAGAAUGUGACUUUACGCGAGCAGCUUGCGGAAAAGGAAACGCAAGUCAGCCAGCUGUCCGAAACGCUCGACCAGACACGCAGUGACCUGGAAUCUCUCAAGGCGACAAAUCGCGAUCAAGAGAAUCAGCUAAAGGCUCAGAAGAGGGAGUUUGGUCACAUCAAGGCCGAACUCGAAUCCCUCAAUAGCCUGUCUCAAGAUUCUACGAAAGUGCUUGCAGAGAAGCUUGCUCUAUCUCGGGAGGUGAACGCCAUGAAACCUGAAUUGGAACACCUACGAUCACAAGUCGCCCAUCAGCAAAACGUCAUCGCGGAAAAAUUGCAAUUAGAGCGUCAGCUGAAUAUGGCUGAAAUAGAGCUGGCAGCCGAGAAACGAGCACGGGAACAUCAGACGGCACAAGCGGAGGGCGACAGAUCGGCCGAGGACGAGUUACGGCGUAGACUCAAGGAAGCCGAGAAGAAGCUGACAGCUGAAAAGCGUGAAAAGGGCCAGCUACGGGAAGAGCUGGAGGCUGCUGUUUCGGCUGCAAAGGUUGGACAAGAGAACAAAAAGGCGGAGCGGGAGCUGACCCAGAAGAUGCAAGAGACGGAGAAGAUGUUUUCGGCUGAGAAGCGGGAGCGAGAAAAGGUACGGAAGGAGCAUGAGAUUGCUCUGUCCGAGGCCCAAGCACUGAACGAGAUGCUCGAACAGCGCCUAGACACGGUCAAGUCCAAGUUGCGCAACGCUCAGGAAGAGUUGAAGGCCGUCCGUGCGGAAUUGGUCGCUCGACCGGCAGCUAUACCGAGUGCACAGCUUACUGCGCGCGCAGGAGGCGGAAAGGCGCAACCCGGCAAGAAGCGAAGAGUUGAGGAGAUCACCAUAAACGACAUGAGCAUCGGCACACCAGAUGAUAUCACUCGCGGCCGGCGCCCUGCUAAGAAGAAGGGCCUUGAGCAGACGAUUUUAGGCGAGAAGUCGUUGUUCUCCAUUACUCCUUUCUUGGCCAAAUCCAAGACACUCAAUGUUGAGGAUGCAGUCGCCGAAGAAGAUGAGGAGCAGAACGAAGCUGAAGUCAGCUAUAUUCCUCUGUCCCACCAGUCUCAUUCUCAGGAAGUCCACAUCGAAGCUGGCACCGAGGCCGAGAUCGAGGAUGAGAAUGCGCCGGAACAACUAGAGGAGGUUGAAGAGCUUGAAGAAUCUGCGGCUAAAUCGGCUCUCACCAAGAUUGCAAAAGCAAAGUCGAAACCCAAGAGCGAUGGGGAGACGAAGAAGUCCCGGGGUCGGCCCAAGAAGGCUCUGACGGAAACAUCACCCAACAUGCCCGUGCAAGUGGCCUCAGUUGCGGUCAACAAACCUCACGUUGCGUCAAUUGCUUCUCUUGAACAGGUGCCAGAGGAGUCUAACACGGACGAUCCAGAGAAUGCGGCUCCUGCAAAGACUACCGCUGCCAGCAAGAAGGCCACCGCCCCUGCGGUGACCGCUGUCAUGGGCGGCGAACAGGAAGUCAAGAAGAAGAAGCGCAAGCUGGGCGGUGAAACGGCAACUCUCUUUGAUGAUGACGACGGCGAGGUGCCUCCCGCUGCUGCCAAGCGGCCUGGUAAGGCUGGCAUGGGUGCUGGCCGAGCUCUCGGCAAGACGCACCUUAGUAUGGUGCGCAACGCUGGUGCUUUUGGCAAGAAGUCAUUCUCGCCGCUCAAGAAGGACAGAAGAGGGGUUGGUGCUAGCUUCCUUGCGUGA